ACUUCCUUGAGCGAUAUCGAGACGACGAGGAACUGGAAAAUGACACGAGUAGUUGUACUGCUCUACUACAGCACUUUCCUGCUACAUGUAUCUUGGACAUGGGGCUUAGAUCUGAGGUAUAGGAAUGCGGAGACGGAAGGAAGGCAGCAGUCAGUGGAAGCCACAAUUGAAAGAUUUACAAGGGCUGAGAGCAAUGUGACAGUGAGCAGGGACACCCACGACUACUACAGAUCCACGUACUACCCUCCCUCUCAUGACAUGGUGGGUGUCCUCUGGCAGGACCUGGCCUCCAUGCUGGACAGUGGUGCAGUGGUGGAUAACUUUACUACGGUAUCAGUUCUAUCUGGUCUGCGCAGAUUCUAUGAGGUUCACAAGUUACAGUUUAAGUUUCCAUUCUACGGACACACCCUGGAGUCUAUCGUUGUCACUACUGGAGGGUUCCUGUACACUGGGGACCUGCUCCAUGAAAAUCUGCAACAUACGCAGUACAUUGCUCCACUACAAGCUGACUUUAAUCCCAGUCACACUGACACUGGUCGUAUCCUGAUCAUGAGCACCGAGGAAAGAUUCACUGUGCAGUGGGACAAGAUCCACAAUCAUGCCCACCUUGAUGAUGGGCCAUUCACGUUCCAAGUCAGCAUAUUUCCAACUGGAGUGAUUCAUUUCGUGUACCAAGAGGACAACAACAUCUCAUACCAUGCCCUGUUAUAUCAACAGAUUCCUCUGCUGCUAGAUGAGAUUGACAAUGAGCAUCAUCCAGUAGAGGUUGGAGUCUCUGAUGCCUUUUACGUCAUCCGAAAUGUUUCAGGCAGUGUUACUACAUCCAUAUUUGAGUAUGACAGAGUGUCUCUGGACAGCAAUCAAAACUUGACCAACAGUGCCUACAUCCUAUCUCCACUUCUCAAUUGUGCAUCAGCCACCAGUUGUGAGCAGUGUACCAACAUCUCUAGUAUGACUGAGUUUCGAUGCGGGUGGUGUGAUGAGCUUCAGAGAUGCUCAGAUGGCAUUGACAGGUACCGGCAAGAUUGGCUAACAGCUGGCUGUGAUGACACGCAAAAGUCCAUGUGCCCUACCCCUACUUCAACUUCCAAAUUCAGUACUACUUUACCCACCACGUCUCCUUUUGCUGCAACAACUUCAGUCACACCUAUCACAAUUCGUCUGACUACCACGUCAUUCACUGCUGCACCACUUACCACAUCUCCUGUUACAAGCCUUCCACUGGCCACAUCUCCUGUUACAAGCCUUCGAAUGGCCACAUCGAUUAACCUUCCACAGACAACAACUUUAGUCACACCUACCACAAUUCGUCUGAAUACCACGUCAUUCACUGCUGCACCACUUACCACAUCUCCUGUUACAAGCCUUCCACUGGCCACAUCGAUUAACCUUCCACAGAGUAUGAUUUUUUCAUGCACUGACACUGGAAGUCCCUCCUCCUCCUCUACUCUCUCAGCAUCGGCCAUAGCAGUAACAGUGAUUACAGUGCAUUGCUGCUACUUGGUCUGGCUCUACUCUACUGCAAUCCAACAUCAAGGAUAGCCAUCAAGUGUCGAAAGGCUAAGUCUCCCUUUGGAAAAGGCACCAUAUGAAGUAGACAGCUGUCCAGUAAUCAAGUAAACAAGAUGUAAUUUUGUACCACAAACCGUACCCCCAAACAUUGUUGCUUCACAAACACUGUUUUAACAAAAUUUAAUGUGCUCUCUGCCUUAUGAAUUGAAGUUGUAUACAACAUUCACCAUUAAAAGGAGCAUUAUUUGCCAGGCUGUAGAAAAUUAAAUUUAGGAAAAGAGAUCGUGCAUGAAGUGGCUAUGAUUGUUUGUUUAUGGUCUCUUUCGUUUGGGAUAAAUGAACCACUGGACGCGACCCUUGAUGGAGGGAUGUGACAGAACAUGCUCGGGGAUAUUCUUCUCGUACCACGGCAUUAGAGUCAUAGAGACAAGGGUCUUGUUGGUCUUCAGACACUGCAGGAGUUUGAGAGCACCGUCGGUGCAGAACGAGCGAUCCCAGAGCAUGAUUGACUCCAGCGUCGUAUUGUUCUCCAGUCUUUUUGCGAGGUGUGUUGCGAGCCGAGGGAGGUCUAUGUUCAUGAAACUGAUACUCUCGAGACAAGACUGGGACAGGACGACAUCAACCAUUUUCUCGACCAGACUGGGCGGCAUUUGACAGCGUCCGAUGAUAAGGUUCUUGAGUGUCCCGUUUUUCUUUACAAGGGCCUGAAGAGCUUCUAUGUCUGUUUCGUCCAGCUGCGCAUGUAGAAGAUCUAGGUACUGGAGACCACUGAGUUUCGAAAGAGCAAUGAAUAUCUUGCUAGCACUUCCAUCCCCGAAGGGGUUGUCCCCCACAUCAAGCUGCCCUAAUGACGGGAGAGACGGCAAGAAUCUUGACAGCCAGGUGCAGGCCUCGUCGUUGAGGCCACAGUUACUGAGAUUGAGCUCUCUGAUCCCCCUGGUCACACAUUCCGGGAGAAGACCGAGGUUAUGAAUGUCCUCCCCGUCAUAGCUGAGCUUUAUGAGGUCGAUUCUCCCCCGAGGAUCGCUAUCUACCGAGCGCAUGCCUGCAGCAAUAGCACCAAGGUCCUGCCCACCAAUAGCACACAGCUUCCACCGACAGCCCUCACCCGAGUUGGCUAUGCAGUAGCCCAGAGCAAAGCAGUCAAACUGGGUCAAAGUCAUGGGUGAGAAGUUGAUAGUGUGUUGGCUGGGAAAAACCUCCAUGCAGGCACUAGGAUCCUGUGCCUCGAACAGGCAGUUGAGGAGAGUAGAGUUGCAGCCUCGGUUGCCCUGUGAGUCCAGACAGAUCCCGACACUCUCCAUCGCCAGAGGCCAGCCAACCUGACUGAACUGGGACAGACCAGCUAGGAACCUCAGUACCAUGCUUCGAUGGUCGGUAGGGAGCUUUUGAACCAUUUCCAGUUGCCUCAGAGGCUGCUGUGUCUGCCACAGGUGGAAAGCGGCCAUAAACUCCUGGAUAGUGAGGUGGUGGAAAGAAAACGAAUUGCGUGGCUGAGUAAAGAGUCCGCAGGCCUGGACUGAUACACUUCUCAUGAAACCCAUGUGGUCAAAGCUUGCUGGGAGCUUUUCAAAUAUCAACUUCUGCUGGGCAAGUGAGUCAAACGCAUGUGAGCAUAGGGUUUCAAAAGAGCUAUUGACACCACAGGGAAGGCUUUCUAGCUGCAAUUCGCCAAAGGACGGGGCAUCGUUUGGUUGUUUUGAAGCAAUGUCGCGGUAGAGCAAACACCUGCACAGGUCUCUAAAGAGCUCUGUAAGGGUCAUUGCAUAGUUUCUAGUGUCGAGUGGUUCAUUCCGACUUGUAGAAAACCUUUGCCUGAAAAGCUCAACGACAAUUCCAGUGUGAAGAGGGAUGUACAUCAUGUUCUUGAUGACAACAUUCUCCUCAAUGUACCUUAGGAAUGCCUUUUGUUGGGAUUCCUCUGUGAGCAUAGCUUGUACACAGGACUCUAUGUCUUGCAUUUGAAAGCCCAGGAUCUCCACAUUCACUGCCUGCCUGCUCCUAGAGCCCAUAAGACGCUCGAUAGCUUUUACUGCCUUUGGUCGACUGGUUAUGAGAAUGCGUGCUUUGGGUAAUUCCUGGCCUGAUAUCAAGCGACCGUAUACUGAGUUUCGUUCUUGUAGUGCUUCUGGAAGCUCAUCAAAGCCGUCUAGAAUAAGUAGCAGCCCUUCUCCCUCGCUGGCUACUAUCUCUCCCUCUACCGACAGGCUUGGCUUCGGAUGAAGCAAGUCGAAGACCGUGGAAGCAUUGUGGAAGCAGGUGGAGCGAAGCGGGACAAGGUAGAGCAGCUGGAACUGCCUCAUAGCCCCCUUGUUAGCUGCCCAAUCGCCUGCCAGCUCUCGGGCAAACAUGCUCUUGCCUAUCCCAGCUGCCCCUUGUGCUAUAACACACCUUGAGUCCCCCUCAAAGAGGCGCUCCUUGCUAAUGGGGGUUUUACUCUGGUCAAUUUCGUCAAUAUUGCCGUGUAGCGUGGUUUGGGUGAAGGCAUCUGCUGUAGAUCGGUAGACCUUCUCUCUAGUAAUCCUUGCUAGGUUGGUG